AUGACCUCCCUCUUCUUCUCCACCCCCGUUGAUAUCGAUGUCGUCCUCGAAGAUAGCGACGAGCGCCAGACCGUCGACGUCAAACUCGACAAGGGCCGUCGCGAACGAGUUCCUCUCUACGAAGAUGGAGAAUCCGUAAAGGGCGCCGUGACGGUGCGACCGAAGGAUGGCAGGCGAUUAGAGCACACGGGCAUCAAGGUCCAGUUCAUCGGCACAAUUGAGAUGUUUUACGACCGUGGCAACCACUACGAAUUCCUGUCCUUGGUGCAGGAACUCGCAGCGCCGGGAGAACUGCAACACCCGCAGACGUUCCCCUUUAACUUCAAGAACAUCGAGAAACAGUACGAGUCCUACAAUGGUAUCAACGUGAAGCUGCGGUACUUUGUCCGGGUGACGGUGUCCCGGCGCAUGGCGGACGUGAUCCGGGAGAAGGACCUCUGGGUCUACUCCUAUCGCAUGCCGCCCGAGACGAACAGCCCGAUCAAGAUGGACGUCGGUAUCGAGGACUGCCUGCACAUCGAGUUCGAAUAUUCCAAAUCCAAGUACCACCUGAAGGAUGUGAUCGUGGGCCGCAUCUAUUUCCUCCUGGUGCGGCUGAAGAUCAAACACAUGGAGCUCUCCAUCAUCCGGCGCGAGACCACAGGCUCUCCGCCCAACCAGUAUAACGAAAGCGAGACGUUGGUGCGGUUUGAGAUCAUGGACGGUUCCCCUUCACGAGGUGAAACUAUCCCUAUUCGUCUCUUCCUCGGCGGAUUUGAUUUGACGCCCACAUUCCGAGAUGUGAACAAGAAGUACUCCACGCGGUAUUACCUCAGCCUGGUACUCAUUGACGAAGAUGCCCGUCGCUACUUCAAACAGUCCGAGAUCGUUCUCUACCGUCAGGCCCCCGAGAUUGCCUCCACGCCGCAAAUCGCCCAGCAGCAGCAGAUCCAGCAGCAGCAGCUUCAACAACAGCAACUGCAGCAGCAGCAACUGCCCCCGGGUUCCGCCACUGCCGGUCCCGGACGAGAGACGUAUCCUAGCCAGAACCAGAGCCAGCCCGCGCCAGUCACUGCGCCUGCGGCAUAG